AUUGAUAGCUAUGUGGACUAACAUAGGCACUUACAACAGGUUCAAGCCUCACAUCCUUAUGGUUUUGGCUCAAAUUGCUUACACUUUUUUGUACUUCAUAACUGAAGCUUCCUUCAAUCAUGGAAUGAAUCCUCAUGUCUACAUAACUUAUCGGCAUAUCGUUUCCGGUCUUGCUAUGCUACCCUUUGCCUAUUUUCUUGAAAGAAAUAAAAGGCCAAAGUUAACUAUAGCUUUGCUGUUGGAGAUAUUUGUACUCUCUCUACUGGGAGUGAGUUUGACACUGAACAUGUACUUUGCGAGCUUGAACUACACUUCUCCGACUCUUCUUGCCUCGAUGGUCAACACUAUAGCAGCCUUAUCAUUUGUACUAGCAGUUAUUCUCAGGUUGGAAGAUGCUAACAUUCGAAAUCCUAGAGGAAUAGCAAAAGUCCUAGGAACCUUGGUUUCCUUGGCUGGGGUUAUGAGCAUGACAUUAUACAAAGGACCUGUUGUGAAAAGCUUAGGACAUCCUCUCAUCUACAUCCACAGAGGGAAUGGUGUUGUCCACGAGAACUGGUCAAAAGGCAUGAUCCUCACUGCUGUUAGCUGCAUUACGUGGUCAAUAUGGUACAUCAUGCAGGCAUACACUUUGAAAAGAUAUCCAGCACAACUAUCACUGACUACAUGGAUGAGUUUUGUUGGUGCAGCACAAUCAGCUUUCUAUACAGUAAUUGUACAACACAAACGAACAGCUUGGACCAUGGGUUUCAACAUUGAUUUCUGGUCUACUCUGUAUGGGGUAAGAAGGUUUGUCCUAGUCCAAUAG